AGGCAGAGCCUUUCACAGCUGCAAACACCUAGCUGGGUUUUCAGCACUGCACAGCACCGCACCACAGGGAACAGAGGGGGCCUCUGACUCCAGGGGUGCUCCCGAGCCGAAUCCUCCCACAGGCCCUACUCCUGGGGAGACGCUGGCGGCUUCCUAAGCUCUAUGCAAAGAUUUGCGAUGUUUUGCUCAGGUUCCUGAACACUGCCCGCCCCCCCCCCCCCGCGAAAAUCUGCGGGCGGCGGUGGUGGUGUAAAGCAGAAAGCCCCUAACGCACGGCUGCGGUCCUGCCUCCCCAGAAGUGUUUAGCAUCAGUCCCAGCGGCUCCCAGAAUAUCUGCGUGGGCGCAGGCGCUGGCGCUGGCACUGGCGCGGGGUCCGGCGCGGAGCCCGGAGUUGGAGCGGAGGAGCGCGAAGCAGGUCGCCGCACUCGCAGACCGCAGGGGCACUGGCACUGUGCCCCUGCCAGCUGCGCCCAGGUCCGCCCGCAGGGAGCGCGCUGGCCCGGGCCCGGCAGCUGCGCUGGAGCCAGCGGCGGCGGCGGCGGCGGCGGCAUGGAGGAGCCGAGCAGAAACGCCUCCCAGAACGGGACCCUGAGCGAGGGCCAGGGCAGCGCCAUCCUCAUCUCCUUCAUCUACUCCGUGGUGUGCCUGGUAGGGCUGUGCGGAAACUCCAUGGUCAUCUACGUGAUCCUGCGCUACGCCAAGAUGAAGACGGCCACCAACAUCUACAUCCUCAACCUGGCCAUCGCCGACGAGCUGCUGAUGCUCAGCGUGCCCUUCCUGGUCACCUCCACGCUGCUCCGCCACUGGCCCUUCGGCUCCCUGCUCUGCCGCCUGGUGCUCAGCGUGGACGCGGUCAACAUGUUCACCAGCAUCUACUGUCUGACCGUGCUCAGCGUGGACCGCUACGUGGCCGUGGUGCACCCCAUCAAGGCGGCGCGCUACCGACGGCCCACGGUGGCCAAGGUGGUCAACCUGGGCGUGUGGGUCCUGUCGUUGCUGGUCAUCUUGCCCAUCGUGGUCUUCUCGCGCACGGCGGCCAACAGCGACGGCACGGUGGCCUGUAACAUGCUCAUGCCCGAGCCGGCCCAGCGCUGGCUGGUGGGCUUCGUGCUGUACACUUUCCUCAUGGGCUUCCUGCUGCCCGUCGGGGCCAUCUGUCUGUGCUACGUGCUCAUUAUCGCCAAGAUGCGCAUGGUGGCCCUCAAGGCCGGCUGGCAGCAGCGCAAGCGCUCGGAGCGCAAGAUCACCCUGAUGGUGAUGAUGGUGGUCAUGGUGUUCGUCAUCUGCUGGAUGCCUUUCUACGUGGUGCAGCUGGUCAACGUGUUCGCCGAGCAGGAUGACGCCACGGUCAGCCAGCUGUCAGUCAUCCUGGGCUAUGCCAACAGCUGCGCCAACCCCAUCCUCUACGGCUUCCUCUCGGACAACUUCAAGCGCUCCUUCCAGCGCAUUCUGUGUCUCAGCUGGAUGGACAACGCGGCCGAGGAGCCCGUCGACUACUACGCCACGGCGCUCAAGAGCCGCGCCUACAGCGUGGAGGACUUCCAGCCCGAGAACCUGGAGUCGGGCGGCGUCUUCCGCAACGGGACCUGCACGUCGCGGAUCACCACCCUCUGAGUGCGGGGCGGAGGAGACGCGGGGCCGGGCUGCGGGAGGGCAAAGGACCCCGGGGCUCCAGGGGUGCAGUGUUAACACCCGGGGGGCGGGGCGCGGUGUGGGGGGAGCGUGUCCCAGAGGAGGCCCCGGGCUCUGGGCAGACCAGCUGGGAGGAAUGGUAACUCUCGCCCUCCCUCCUCCUGCUCCCUUGCGCGCAGUUUGCGACCCCCUCUCUGCUCCCUGCCGGGUAUGUAACUUAGUCUUUCCACUCCCCUGGUCCAGUCAGGUUUAGGUCAGGAACUGGCGGAAAGUCACCCACCCACCCUGCCUGCCUGCCUGCCUACCCCAACCACUCCGUUCUUUCUGUUUGUAGGUGAGCAAGACUUUUUGGUCAGGGGCGACCCCCCCGCCAGCCUGGAGCCCCGCCCUGCAAAGCCCUUGGGCCCUCAGAUUUCGGCCUUGUCCACCUACCCAAGUCUGGGGGACCUCUGCUCUUCCUUGGAGCAGCCCUGCAGAGAGAAAAGUAGGGCUGGAGAAUGAACUAGGAAGACUGACCUCCUCUCUCUCUCUCUCUCUCUCUCUCUCAUUUUUUAUUAGAUAGGACCGAGAGAAAUUGAGAGAGGAGGGGAGAUGGAGAGAGACAUCUGAAGCCCACUCGUGAAGCAGACCCCCCCCCCCAAGCUAGGGAGUGAGAGCUCCAACCCAGGUCCUUGAAUUUGGUCAAAUGUGUGCUUAACCGGGUGCACAAUGUAGUGCACCAUGGCCCAGAAGGUUGGUCUUUUUUCUAGGUUGCCCUCUUCCCAGAGCCUCCAGGAAUCACUCCCAUUCCACCCAGAGCGGAGCCAGGUGCUUAGUAAAAUCGGUCCCGCGCUUUGAACCCUAGGCAUUUUGCAGACCCCAGCCCAAGGCUCAGAGAGAGAGAGACACACACAGAGAGAGAGAGAGAGACAGAGAGAGAUAUGAGAGCAAGUGACCAAGAGAUUUUAGAAUGUCCUGUGGUCUCAAGGCCACUCUUCCCUAGUGCUCUUGGGGAAAAAAAGAAAGAAAGGAAGAAAGAAAGAAAGAGGAGAGAGAAAAAAGAGAAAGGAAGAGAGAGAGGAGAGAAAGAAAAGAGAAAGGAAGAAAGAGAGAGAGAGAGAGAGAGAGAGAGAGAGAGAGAGAGAAAGGAGCACUCUCUCUGCAGCUGCCUGGGAGCAAGGCUGCAGCUCAGCGCUAUCCCUUUUCCAAGCUUCAGGAGUUGCCUCAGAAAACAGACAAACUGAGCUUCCUGCUCUGGACACCGCGAAGCUCCGCCUCCCGGGCCCUCCCGGAGCCACUGUGGCACCGGCAGCCUUGGGCCACCCUGAGCUGCAGGCUAGAGAGUCCCACCUGUUGGCCCAAGAGUUGUUGCCUUCCAAGCGGUGCCUAAUAAGUCCUUUUGUCAGUGAACAUCUACGUCAUUCAUUUGUGGUGUUUCAAAUGUGUCUCUGCUUGGUUUUGUUUUUGUUUUUCCUCUACCUUUUCUUCCACACACAGGGCCUGGGGCAGAGGUGGCCAGAAGAGGUCGGGAGUAAGUUAUCUCCCCCUGAAUCUGAAACUUGGAGUGGGGUGGGGUGGGAGGGCUCUUCUCUGUGUUGGGCCCUCUUUUCUUAUCCUGUUCUGUGGCUUUUCUAUUUUUGCCCGUAUUCAAUAAAAUCUGGAGGGUUUUUUUUUUCAUACUUUUCUCAUGUAGUCUCCUGUUUGUCUUAUAAUGAUGACAAAUUAUGCAGAGUGGAAAGUUCUGAAGCUUUAACUCUCAAUGCCACUCUUUCUAUAUAUAAUUUGAGUAAAUGUAUCUAUCUUUCCCCAUUGUUAUGAGUCCACAAGAUCAUUGCCAAAUGCUGUCACUGAAAAUAACAGGUGUGAGACCAGCUGGAACACUCUCAGAUAAGGGACUUGAGACAGCAGGUAAACUUGGAACUGAGAAAUCUGAUCCAGACAGACGUGAAUAAGUGCUGGGGUUUGUGCUCAUGUUCCCGCUUCCUCCAGACUCCAGCAUAUGUGAUACAAUCUUGUUAAGUCAUCACAUCAUUUUGAGAACAUUAAAAGUUGAGUCAUUUAAAUCUAUGUUUAAUCUUCCCCAAAACAUUGGAAGCCUGUGCAGGUCAAGAACCAAUCCUUUUAUUUCUUUGUAUUGCUUUUGUAUACUGGCUUGUACAUAGUAGGCACUUAGAUACAUGCUUGUUGGUUAAGUGUUGAAGUAAGUCAGAGUGUAUUGCAACCAUCCAGAGGCACAUCCUCUGGGGUUCUCAGGUUCUCUUAUUGCUAUGAUAAACAAUAGCUGAAAUGAUAAUGGGGGGAAAAAAGAUAUUGUGUAUAUCUGUUUCAAAAACAUCAUCCUUUCCUAAAAGCAGUAGGCAAGAGUUAAACUUCACCCUGAGGUGUUAUUUAAACUAAUGAACACAUAAGCUUUUGCUCACACAUCAGAAAAUUGAGAUUUAUCCCUUCAGAAUAUUUAUUAUUGCUCCUUUAGAAAAACAGAUUUUUUAAAUCAUUAAAACAGAUAAAUUUACACAUCAAAUCUCGGUCAUUAUCCUCUUAAGAGUUUACAAAGACAGUGUUCUUAACCUGCUACCACUGUAAUAUUAACUCAAUAAACUUACAGAUACGU